UGGAGGUUUCCAACUGGACCAUAACCAGAGUGUGCACUGCAGCCACAGGGAAGUGGUGAUGGCGGCUCCGCAAACAGGGUAUUAGAAGAGCAGAAGAAGGUUGGAAACUCAAACUAAACAUCAGAUCAAAACCUGGCAGAGCUGCUCGAUUCAUCAGAACCUGAAUGGUGUUAGAAGGGGAGGAUUUGCAGUCAGGAAACUCAAACCAAACAUCAUAUCAGGAUCUGACGGAGUCACCCAAUUUAUCGUAACCUGAAUAUCAUUGGAUUUUGAACAUGGAAGGAAAAAGGACCAUUCACUGUGGGGAGAAACCAUACACGUGUUCAGUGUGUGGACGAGGCUUCAGCCGAUCAUCUGGCCUGUCAAAACAUAAAUGCAGGAACAACAGGGAGAAACUAUGGAAAUGUGGGGAUUGUGGGAAGGGAUUCAAUAAUCCAAUUCAGCUGGAAACUCAUCAGGGCAGUCACACCGGGGAGAGGCCGUUCACCUGCUCUGAGUGUGGGAAGGGAUUCAUUAAUUCAACAGACCUGCUCACGCACCAACGAGUUCACACCGGGGAGAGGCCAUUCACCUGCCUCGAGUGUGGGAAGGGGUUCAUUAAUUCAUCCAACUUGCUAAAACACCAGCGAGUUCACACUGGGGAGAGACCAUUCUCCUGUCCUGAGUGUGGGAAAGGAUUCACUCAGUCACCCCACCUGCUGAGACACCAGCGAGUUCACACUGGAGAGAGACCGUUCAACUGUUCUGACUGUGGGAAGGGAUUCACUCAGUCAUCCACUUUGAUGAGACACCAGCAAACUCACACUGGGGUGAGAUCAUUCACAUGUUCUGACUGUGGAAAGCGAUUCUCUCAGUCAACUGACCUGCUGACACACCAGCUAGUUCACACUGACGAGAGUCUUUUUAAAUGCCCAGACUGUGGGAAGUGCUAUAAAAGUUCCAGCAAACUGAUGUUCCAUCAACGUGUUCACACUGAUGAGAGACCGUUCAGGUGCUCUGACUGUGGGACUGGGUUCAGGCAAUCAUCUCAACUCUCUGUACAUCAGCGAAUACACAGUGGGGAGAGACCAUUCACCUGCUCUGUGUGUGGGAAGAGAUUCACUCAGUCUUCCCACCUGCUGACACACCAGCGGGUUCACACUGAUGAGAGACUUUUUAAAUGCCCCGACUGUGGGAAGUGUUUUAAAAGUUCCCAGGAACUGAAAUACCAUCAACACGUUCACACUGACAAGAAAGCAUUCAGGUGUUCUCACUGCGGGACCCGGUUCAGGCGAUCAGCUGACCUCAUUGUACACCAGCGAGUUCACACUGAUGAGAAACCGUUCAGGUGCUCUUACUGUGGGACUGGGUUCAAAACAUCAUCUAACCUCACUGUACACCAGCGCAUUCACACAGGGGAGAGACCAUUCACCUGCUCUGUAUGUGGGAAGGGAUGCACUCAGUUAUCCACUCUGCAGAAACACCAGCGGGUUCACAAGUAACUACAGGUGCCCAGUUACAGAUGUUAAUAUUUGGAUAAAAUCAAAUAAAUCAUCUUCAUAUUAAA